GGUAAGGUGGUACGGCUGUUGAAGGCCACGAUGGAUGGGGUGCAGUGCAAGGUGAGAGUGUCGAACAUGCUGUCGGAAUCGUUUGAAUCUCACCGGAGUCUGAGGCAAGGGGACGGACUCUCCUGUUUGCUGUUUAACAUCGUUCUGGAAGGUGUCAUGCGAAGCGCGGGCUUCGACAUCCGGGGUACGAUUUUCACCCGUUCUUACAAAUUUCUCGGCUUCGCAGAUGCCAUUAAUAUCAUCGGACGAACAUUGGCGGCGGUGUGCGACGUGCUCUCCCGAGUGAAAGGAGAGGACGACAGAAUUGGAUUGAGGAUCAAUGCGACAAAGACAAAGUACCUGCUUGAUGGAGGCUCUGACGGUGAUAGCGCCCGACUCGGAAGUAGAGCAUCAGUUGACGGCGACGAUCUCGAGGUGGUAGAGGAGCUCUGCUCCUUUGGUACGAUUGUAACUUUGGACUAUAACAUAAGCAGCACAAUCCGAAGGCGCAUUGCUCAGGAAAAUCGCGCCUACUACGGGCUCAACUAACUCGAUCCACUCGCAAUGCAGAAGACUCUAGCAACACACAAAAUCCACGACAUAUCGCACAUUGAUACGUCCGGUAGUCCUCUACGGGUAUGAGUGCUGGACUAUGUUAACGGAGAACGUCCAUGCCCUCGCCAUUUCUGAACGGCGGGUGAUAAGGAACAUCUUUGGCAGUAUGUGCGAGCAGGGCAUCGGGAGCAGGAGAAUGAACCAC